AUGUGGACUCCGUGCGUCGCUCUUGCAGGCGGACACCCCUCGCUUCUGUUGGAUUCAUUCAAGGUCAUAACUGGCACACUUGACCCUGCGUACAACCAGGAGACCAGGGCACAUGCCACGGGGCAACUGGUCACAAAUCAUCGGGUAGAAGAAGACGUGGAUUGGGACAGAAUAGAAGAUGAGCUUGCCAAGACAUUUGUGGGGAAAGCUCUCAGAAUGGAGGAAAUUGGCGACGAAGACACGGAGUUUGGCAGCAUAUUUAAUCAAGGGUGUGCAUGGUAUCUUCCAAAAGGUCCCUCCGAAAGGAGAAGAGGGUAUGUCUCAGCUCCUUUUCCGUACUUGUUGAAGUUGAUGGAGAAAGCGGGUGGCGUUUAUGGAAUACUGGCCCGUCAACUCAACCCGAAAAAAGUAGGCUUUGAAGCUACAACAGCCAUGGAGUAUGUUGCUGCCCUGACUGUCAUGCUCAACGAGGACUGUGAUCCUGACACCUGGGUUGAAACUGACAUUGCCAGAGUGAAGAACGGCCAGGAAGUACUAACAACUGAGAGUGAAAAGAGGCCUUUCAUGAGCGUGUGGCCAAGCAGUAUCGAGCCAGCAACUGACUUUGGGGGUAAGUUCAGGACUGCGGAGGGUUUCACCGGAAUUCUUGGACAGGUCAAGAUGCAGCUAGCAGGUGGUGACACAACACAAGGGCCCAACGAAGUCGUGGAGUUUGCAUGGUUCAUUGGAAACCAGGUGGCAACGCGGAAACUGAAUUUACCUGUCAACGCAUACUUUGUUUCGAGCCGCAAGCCACCUAAUAGUCUUGCAAAUCUAGUCUUUGCGUUUCGAGUUGCGAUGUCAGGUUGUGUUUCGAUGGAAGACGUGGAGCGGGAAGCGAACAAGUUCAAAGAAGAAGAAUGCAGACGAAAGAGCACCAAGGGGAAGUCUACCGAGACGUCAGAAACGAAAAGCAAGGCAGAUAGGCAGGUUGAUGUACGCAUCGUCAUUCGGUAUCUGGCUACUUCUGGAAGAUAUGAGCUCAACCCGGAUUAUCAAUUUACAUAUGUUGGGAAAGGGCUAGGGGAGCCACAAGAAGGAUGCGCUGAGAUGUCAUCACUUCUACCUAAAGGGGUUUUUGCAGGCUGGUACUCAUGA